AUGGAUAUUCUGGGCUUCAACUCCGAAUAUGUUGUUCAUGGCGGAGAUUUAGGAAGUGAUACUGGGAGAGUACUGGGCACAAGGCACGCAAGUUGCAAAGCUGUUCACAUCUGCUUCUGUUACUUGGCCGAACCGUUAAGUUCGCAGCCGCUGGAACUCGACGAUGUUGACCGCAUUGGCCUCGAAAGAGGUCGCAAGUUUGCGAGCAUGGGCAAUCCGUAUACGAAAGAGCAUUCAUACAAUGGAGAUCUACUGCAGACGAGCCGUGUCACCGGCACCGUGCGACUGCGGGGCUACACAUGGGUUGGACCCAUCUCGUCCGGAUUCAGAGCAGCGCAAGAUGAACGGACUACCAGGCCAGAUAAUGUGUGGACCCUCUAA